AUGUCUGCAGAAGCUCUGAUGUCUGUCCUAGAUGAAGAAGAACCUGAAUUUCCCAAUGAGAAAAACCCUAAAUCUAAAGCGGUCUAUGAGUUAUUUCGUCAGAAAAACUCUAAGGCCAAACUCCUCGUGUUAAGUUCUCUGGAAAAGACCAUCACUGAUUCUGUCAAGGAUCUGUACUUGACGAAGGAUAUGAUGGAGGAGUUGAAGGAGAUGUAUGGGAGAGAAGAAAGACAUGUCCAUCACCAACUGGUGACACUCCUCCAUGGCACAAAGAUGGCCCAAGGAACUCCAGUUAUAGAUCAUGUGAUGAAAAUGUAA